GAGGCAGAGGUUGGCGAGGGAGAUCCUGAGCGUUUCACGUCGACGACUUGAUGUCAACACUCGUAAAGUUCUAACAGUGUACCUCGACGGAGUAGUGGGCGCAGCUGAGCGAGGAACCACCACCCCGGAGCUGUGGUCGUUCGCCCAAACCCUCCGGACUCAGCUCAUCGCUGACGUUCAGAGGAACGAGGGUAUCAACGGGUGCAUCAAACAUAUUUGCGCUCGCAACCGGCACAUCGGGUUACCUCUGUUAAGCGCCAGGCUCGGCGUCAGGUCUCAGCUGGGUAUUGUUGGCGUUGGCAAGGCUGCCUUGAAGUUUUCCCACAUUCGCAAGGAGGCCGCCGCUCUCCUCAAGUCAGCGGCGACGUGCUUGCCAGCGGCUCGCCAGCUUCGGGAUGAUUCGCAGCGAUGGCAGACGCCGCCGCCGCACGGGCUGCCGUCGAAGCAGGUUCUUGACAUUUGCACGGAGCUGGCAGACCCUGCUGAGCUGGCAGGAACGCCUGCGUGGAGAUGGGCGACGGCUCAAACGCUUCUUCUUGGACGGCAUGUCAGGGACGUGAACCCUCGCGUGUGCUUGUCUUUUGGCACUGGGAGGCUUUCGGUUGGCGACGCUGUCUACUUUGUCACAGAUCGAAAUUUUUCUGUCAGGUCAACUACUAAGUGGGUGAUGGUCGACGGCGACGACCCUGAGGGGCCGCCGAAGGCGUGGUGCCAGGCGCGGCUCUUGGUCCCAUUCGAGCACGCCGCCAGCAUCGACAUGUUCGCUAGCAUAUACACCAGUCGAUUUACGGGCGGAGUCGGCGAGGGCCCCCUCCAGGUUCGCCGCCACGCUGUCCAGAGUAUGUCACAGCAGCCCGACGGGAACUUCCAUGCCACGAUCGACAUGAACCAUGAGGAGAUCAUGACUCUAAGCAAGGAGGUCCCGAAGGUCGGGCUGCAGCGGAAGACCGCCCACGAGACCAUCGAGGACUGGCUCGAGGGCUCGGGGCCCCCCGGUGCCCCUGGAGAUGUCGGGCCAGGCGCGGACUCCGGAGUCGUGGGAGCUGAGCCGGGGGCUGGGCCGGCAGCUGCUGGCAGCGGAGGCGACGAGGAGCUAGACUCGCUAGACCUUGCCGACGACGACGCCGCGCUGGCAGAGGUCGGGCAGGCCAUGUACGCGCACGCGCACGGGGGCAUCGAGGAGACCGGGCUGGGCUUCGACGCAUUGGCGCAGGCGGACGCCGAAGAGGCCGGCGAGGCGGCGGUGAGAGCGCACGAGGACGAGAUCAUCGCGAAGGCGCUGAAGGCAGAGGGCGAGGGCGGCGACGCGACGGGCGCCGUUGUCGACGACGACUUCGCUGACGGGGCGGACUUGUCCGCGGAGCAGAGGGAUGAGCUUCUUGCAGGUGCUAUGGCAGAGGAUGGCGGCGGCGGCGCUGGCGACGUGGAGAUUGACAUCGACGUCGCCGUCCUGGAGAAGUGGCGGGCCGAGCUCGAGCUUAGUCUCGCAGCGAUUGAAAGCGCAUCAGAGGUUGAGGCGGCUCGCCUGCGAGCGGGCUCGAACCCCGGCGGCGGCGCCAAGCCGCCGCACGAUCUCUCGUUGGUGAUGAGCGACCACGUUGUAGCAGAUGAUCCUGGUCAGCGGAAGAUUGUUUACCUGGCUUGGACCCAGCCGUCGCAACUUGUUGGUCGCAUCUGCGACGUCAGGGACAGGAGCGUGAUCUGGUCCGUCACCCUGCAUAAGAGCUCCGCGUGGCCGAGGGCCAUCAUGCUCCACCCUGCGGUAGGGGCCACGAUGAACAAGGAGAAGUCGCAUCGCCCCAGGGUGCCUGAGCCAGUGGAUCGGCUACGGCAGUCGGCAGAGACAGUGCUGGCCUGCAGCCAAGAUGGGCCAGCUGAAGGGUUCGGCUGGGGCACGUCCACCAUGCAG